AUGGGUUCAGUUUCUCCUCUCGCUCACAUCGCUAUCAUCCCCUUCAUGUCCAAAGGCCACACAGUCCCCCUCAUCCGCCUCGCCACAUUCACGUUCUUUACAACUCCCUUAAACGCUCCCUUCAUUCGUGAAUCCCUUUCUCCGAUCAAGGCCGACGUCGUCGAGCUCCCGUUCCCUCAAGGCACCGCCGGCAUCCCACCCAACGUCGAGAGCACCGACGGGCUCUCGUCGAUGGACCAAUUCCUCCCUUUCGUCGACGCAGCCAGCCAACUCCGACCCCACUUUGAGCAAGCACUGCGGGCUUUGCCGAAGGUCAGCUUCAUUAUCUCCGACGGGUUCCUCACCUGGACCGCGGUAAGUCGUCUGAAAGAUUCGCGCUGCGGUGACGGAUUGUCUCUUAGCGGGAUGCGUAAUUUUUCGGUGGACGUUCAGUCAUGUUUUAGACCACCACCUCCAUCAGGUUUCAGAGGAGGGGCCGUGGCGAGCGACCGCCUUGAGGGCCUCAAUGGGCCUGAAAAUUGCAUUGUAGUCCCCGACUUCCCUCACAUCAGGCUGAGCACGCACGACUUGUGCUCGCCGAUCGACGUGGCGGAGCCCGAAGGCCCUUUCUACGAGUUCAUAAAAGCGUCGAUGGAGGCCUUGAAGCGUAGCCACGGACUUUUGGUAAAUAGCUUUUACGAGCUGGAGGCUAUUUAUUUCGACUACUGGAAUAAAGCCAUCGGGCCGAAAGCCUGGUGCGUCGGCCCAUUAUGCCUGUCAAAGCCCAAAUCAAACGACCGGUCCGCGAUACCGAGGGUAGCCGAAAGAGGCGUGGUGGUCCGGGACUGGGUCGAUCAGUGCGCGAUUCUGCAGCAUGAGAGCGUUAAAGGGUUCGUUACUCACUGCGGGUGGAACUCGCUGUUGGAGGCAGUAUGCUCGGGGGUGAGGGUUCUGGCGUGGCCGAUGAUGGCAGAGCAGCAUUUGAAUGCGAAGUUCGUGGUGGAUGAGUUGAGGGUUGGGAUUAGGGUAAGGGCUAGUGAUGGGAGUAAGUUUGGGUUGGUUAAGGGCGAGGACCUGGCGAGGUUUGUGAAGGAGCUGAUGGAGGGGGAGGGAGGGGAGGAGAUGGAGGAGAGAGUUCGGGUUUUGGCCGGAGGGGCGAAGAGGGCGGUGGAGAGGUCGUGGAGGAUGAUUGAAUCCGUGAUUGAUGAGGCCAGUAGGAAAUGA